AUGGGGGCACUUCGUCGCGCUAAAAAAGCUUCUGAAAACUACCUUACAAGCGGAGAUUCUGCUGAUACUAAAUGUGGAAUUCAGCUUAUUUCUAGCUCCCAACAUCAAGCGAGUACUAAUUCGAGUCGCGAUGAUCCAUUCUGGAAGAAGCCUCGAAAUAAUUGCCAUGACUUUUGUGAUAGCUGUGGCUGUAUUGAAGGCGAGCGACUUGUUUGCGACAAAUGUCCAGCAAGCUUUCAUCUUGAAUGUCUGGAUCCUCCGAUGGAUCCAGAAGACGCUGCAACGGGAGUCUGGUAUUGCCAUAGGUGCACUAUGUUGCUAAGAGUAAGACAUUUAAUAUCCCAUUCAAAAUUAAAAAUAUUA